AUGGCCGCACCAUCGAAUAAGCUGGCCUCGAUCCAGUCAAACACGCCACCCGCGCCGGGUGCGACAGCUGUCAGGCUGGAGAAGAGUCACCCGGGUGUGCGCCGCUCGACCCCAGACUCGGAAGCGCUGGCCUCCUCUGAUGAUGACGGGGACCAUAUCGCUCCCACCCAAACCACCGCCCCUCAGACCAAACCUGUGCGGCGCCCCUCCUGGUUAAAUGAGGUGCCACUGGGCGCUCAGCGAAAGUCAUCUCUCCCUGGAGGCCCGCUUGCUGCAGGUCCGUCCAACCCCGCCAGCCCUUCUGGCGACCAAGCGCCGUGGGCGACAAACCCGAGUCCCGGACUGAGCGGCGGCUCCUUUAACUGGAAUCAAGCGGGCAGCAGUUCAUUCCCCUGGGGGACGGGUAUCUGGAACACUGAAUCCCGCAAGGAACCACCGUCUCGGCUGUCAGAAAUUGUGCCGUCGCCAACUAUGACCAAUCCUCCGCCCUCGAGCGGGAACCUAGCCGACGACAUGUUGAGUCCAGUGACGCGCACUAUCUCCGGUGAAUCGGCAAUCCCAUUCUCGAUUCCGCUUCAUCCGACCCCCAAGACCUAUCGCUCCCAAUCCUAUUCUGUCGGUCAGAUGGAUCCAGAGUUGCUGGGUUUAAUGGCCAGCACGGCAGGGACUGGUGCUCCGUAUGCAGGUGGUCGCUCUCGUGGACCAGGUCAAAUGUCUGCUGUUCAGCCUCGCUCCGCACGACCCAGUGUUCUCGGUGAACUAGGCCAUGACCCAGCGACGCUCGGCCAGCUACGAGAAGACGAAGAUGGCGAUGAUGAUGACAACGGCGCGGACGAUGGCAAUUACUCCGCAAGCCAGGCCCGCACAAUUGAACAGCUUGCGCGCGAGAAUGCCAUGUUACGACAAGCUGCAGCAGGUCAAAUGGACAGCCGAUUCCGGGACCGGGCUUCUUCGUCUGCUUCCGUGGCCGGUGCCGCGCAUGCCUUGCAUCGUAUCCAUGGUAGUGUUCCAGAGGAAUCGGAUCUGGCCGUUGAAGACAUAGGAGAGCUGCGCGAUAUUCAAGGGUAUAGCAAUAUGCGCAGUAACACGCGGAGACGGUUCUCUGAGCAUUCAGCAAAUCUGGAGCCGCAGUUUUCGUCGUUCGCUUCUCCCCUGGACAAUCGUGCGCUGGACAAUGUUCGCAAGGCUCAUUGGCAGACGUCGCUGGGGUUUGGGAGUCUUGUCGAUGUGCCUCAGAGCCGUCGCCACUCGUUUGCUGAUAUCCCGGUCCGGCACACAUCGGCCGGGUCGGUCGAUGCCCAUGCCGCGGGUCCUCGACCGGGCAUGGGAGAUCGCGAGGAGAACUAUGAUUACUCUAACUCGCCCAUGCAGCCACCAUCCUUCUACCCCCGUGAACAAACCUUACGCGGUGAUGGUUCAUCAGGCAUACCGACUUCCCUUAAUCAGUAUGGCCUGUCAGGUGCCUAUGGCCGUCAGCCAGGCUUGUCGCACGCCCACCAGAACCAACUUCUGUACAUCGUAACAUUCAAGUGCCACCGUGCGGAUGUGUUCUACAUCCAAGAAGACACAGGUCUCCAGGUCAAAGCCGGCGAUCUGGUUAUUGUUGAGGCCGAUCGAGGUACAGACUUGGGCACUGUUCAGCAUGCCAACGUCUCUCUUCAGAAAGCGCGGGAGCUCAAACAGCAAUAUGCCGAGGAGCAUUACAAGUGGCUCAUGAUGUUUUCUCGACAGGGCCAGCUCGAAGCGUCGAGCGUGGCAAGUCCCACUGGAGGGAUAUCAGGUCUGGGUCGAAGUGCAACGGGAGGCAUGGGCCCCCAUGGUCCGCACGGUGUGCAGGAGCCUACUACCGACAUCAAGCCCAAGCUUAUCAAACGCCUGGCGCAGAAUCACGAAAUUCUGACUCUGCGAGACAAGGAAGGAAACGAGGCGAAAGCCAAACGGGUCUGCCAGCAGAAGGUUGCCGAGCAUCGACUCAACAUGGAAAUCCUCGAUGCUGAGUUCCAGAUGGACUGGAAGAAACUCACCUUUUACUACUUCGCGGACUCAUACAUCAACUUCAACUCGCUCGUCACUGACCUCUUCAAGAUCUACAAAACCCGCAUCUGGAUGUCAGCCAUCAAUCCAGCCUCCUUCGUCACCCCACCCAGCGCGGGCCUUCAAGGCCCACCGAGCGGGAUCAGCAACCCACUCUACGGCCAAGACGGCCCGCACACCGACCGCCGACACCAGCACGACGGCAGAGCUUAUGCUGGCGCGCGCGCCGACGUGGAUCCAGGCCGCGAGGGAAUCCCCAAUCCUAUGCUGCUGCGCACGAAUUACCCCGAGUCGUACCAGCCAUUCGCGCAGCCUUCCCACCAAGCAGAGGGUCAGUCCGACCCGUUUUCCACCUACUCGCCUACCAGUUUCGGUCCCCUCGACACAGCAGGGUACGCCGACUUCUCUCCCAGUGGCGCUGGCUCAAACGGUGCCUCGCGCAUGCAUCCCGCCCAAGGCGAAUGGGUCAAUCGUUUCCAAGGCCUAUCACUCAAUUCCUGA